UUGAGGCCGCCAUAGUGAGCAUUGAAGUAUUCGUCUGUGGCCGUAGCGCGUACAUCAUGUGCAGACGACACAUAGUAUAAAACGAGGAGAGGAGCUCGACCAAAGUAAACCAAUAAAACCAGCUGACAGUAACAGCGCAGUUAGACGGCUUCGAGAUAGUGGUGCGCAUUCAUCGAAAAGUGAGGUUAAGUCUUUGGCAGAACCAAGUCGAAGGUAGCAUUCUCGAACAGAUAGUCUGAAAUUGCCAGGCAAAGUGCGUAGGUGUGUUGCAAUGUCAAGAGUGUUGUGAGAUUGAAUGGACAGUAAGCACUUGGACUUUAAUCACGUGCUAUUGAAAGAGGUAUUAUCUGUCAAGGCAGAGCUAGCGCGCUAUCAACAGUGUGUAUGAAGGAGAAGGCGGGAUCAAGCUCGCGGGCUCAACACUGGCCGGCUAGCGAGAUGAAAUAAUAAGCGAGGCGUGCUCUUCUCGCACAGAAAUCGCUUAUCCUUGUCGUCGGCGGCUUAAGUUCGAGCGACCGAACUCAGUCCUCAGUGUAGGCUAGUCGGUCCUUGAGUCGUCGCGCGUUCUUUCUACGACGGAUCAUCGUCGUUGCGCUAUCUCUCGCAAUUAUUUGCACUCUCUCGUGCAAGAGUGCGUGUCGUCGUCGCUGACCAUUUUGUUAUACGCGCUCUCUCGGGCAGUUGCCAUUUGGCUUUGUAGGCGGCAAUUUUUUUGUUUUUGUCGGCACUGUGACGUGGUGCCCUCACUCGCGCUUGACCCGGGGGUGAGGGAAUCCAUAUUUAGCUACGUCAAGAGACAAAGACGGAGCAAGUAGGCACAUUGUUGUUGUUGCCGGCAGCAUUCUCAACACGCUCACCAACGCUCGAUUUUUCGAAAAAGUUUUCAAUUUCAAGUUAGCGAAUAAGCGGUUACAGGAAGAACGUCAAGAUAAUCAAUGAGAGGCUUAAUGUUCGUUGCACGAUUGCCUGCUGGUAUCAAAUACGAGUUCAGCACAUCAUCGGAGAUACGAUCGAACAAAUUUGCUGCUGUUGCAUCUGUGCUUUCACAGACGACGUGAUUCUGCGAUUCACUCGAGGGGUAUACAUUGUCGCCUCUUUCGGACAUUUCUGUGCGUGCAAAGAUAAGACGGCAAAUAUUCGCCGAUAAGCAAGAUUAUAAAGCAGCGGCUAAGUAAUCUAGAUUAGAGAAAAGAAAGUCGUCGGGCAAAGUGUCAAUUGGCCUUUCUAUCUCUCUGUGUGUGCACAAGGAACGUAAAAAAGAAGACGAGAAUAGAAUGGAUCCGGUAAAUAGUUGCACUAGCAACUGCACGAGAUUUAGGUUGGGCUUUUUCGAGCACGACUGGAGCAAUGAAGCCCCAUGGGAUAUCCUCAGCAAUUAUUUCGACUAUCAACCCUGGUUGUUUUCAUUGCUUGGCAGCGUGAUGGUUGGACUCUCUGGGGUAUUUCCACUCUUGGUUAUACCUAUCGACGAGGCUGCCGAUCUCAAACACGGAGAUGGUGCUAAAACUUUGAAAAUUCUGUUGAGCUUUGCUGUUGGCGGUCUUCUUGGCGAUGUUUUCCUACAUUUAUUACCAGAAGCAUGGGAAAAUCAUUCUUUAGCAAAUAAAGGAAAUAGUAGCAGCGGUGUAAACCAUGAUUCUAUGAGCUGCGGACUUUGGGUUCUAUGUGGAUUUCUCGUUUUCAUUAUUGCGGAGAAAAUGUUCAGUUCUUGUCAGGGUUCUGACGAGGAUGAAUUCAUGAACUCCGAGGAAGAUAUUGCCGCAGCUGAAAACAACAAUUAUAGCGAAAUUGACUUGAAAUACGAUCUUGUCGGCAAUCAAAUGACGAAACUCAACGGCUUCAAGAAGAAUCAACAACUGAACAACGUAAAAAAUGGUCUCUGUAAUGUCGAAGUUACAAAGAUCAAUGGAUUUAAGAAAGAUCAACAGCUGAAUGGAUUAAAAAGCAGUCUCAUUAACGGCAAUAUAACAAAGUUCACCGAUGUCCAAAAACAUGAGCAGCCAAACGGUUUCAAGAAGUCAACGAAUGGCACCAAAAUUGGUAAUGGAUACAUCAAUGGUUUUUCGAAAAUCAGGGGUGUAAAACCAAAAUCAAAUGGCUUCUGCACUUUAGAUUCGCCAAACGCACAUGCACAACAAUUGGUGAAGAAUAAAGGUGCUGAAAAGCAUAUGAAAGAAAAGCCAAGACACAUUGCAGGCUACCUCAAUCUCAUCGCUAAUUGCGUUGAUAACUUUACACAUGGGCUUGCUGUUGGCGGUUCAUUUUUGGUAUCCUUUCGUCUAGGCGCUCUAACGACAUUUGCUAUUUUGAUUCAUGAAAUACCUCAUGAAAUUGGUGACUUUGCGAUUCUUCUUAAAAGUGGAUUCAAUCGGUGGGAUGCUGCAAAAGCCCAAUUAAUGACUGCAACCGGAGGCAUUUGCGGGGCCCUAAUUGCAGUUAUUUUUAGUGGUGAUGCUGUUGAGUCGAAGACAAGUUGGAUUCUUCCAUUUACUGCAGGUGGUUUUCUACACAUUGGUUUGGUAACAGUUUUGCCAGAACUACUCAAAGAAACUGAUCCGUGGGAAUCAUUAAAGCAAAUUGGCGCCUUACUUACUGGGAUUGUAGUGAUGGCAAUUUUAACAAUCAUGUGUGAUUAAUGCAUAUUGUCUUCGACGUUUCAGCGAGUAAAGUUCGAAGCGGAUUCUUACAAUGCUUCGAUUCAAAGGAAAGAAACGUUUGUUAGAAAGUAUGAUAAGUGCACUCACUUUGUGUAUAUCUAUUUUUUUCUUUCAACCUCGCAACUUGCUUUCUUUUCUAUAACAGAGUGAAUAGCAUUCAUCAUAUUGUAUGGCUUUCAGCAAAGUUUUCUUUCUUUGUGAUUUAUUAAACAGAUCGAUUAUUAUGUAAAUAAGUCUACUUUUUUUAAAUCUUUAGUACGAUAAUUAGAGUAGUUUCAUUCCAAAUGAAAAUUUGUCUAAACUAAAUAUUUUUUUACGCAGAUGCGUCUGACCAAAAUGUAACUUGGUGAGAGGAUAGCGUCGCUUCCUUUUCAGAAGCUCAAAAGAUUGAUCGUAGGAUCAUUAAUACGACGAUCAAGCAAAAUCAGUAUUGAUGUAACAUUAUUCGAUCAAAGUUGAGAAGAAACAAACCAUUUUUUUGUUUUUGAUAAUAUUUUCAUUAUUGCAAGUUGUAACAUUUUAAUUGACGUAGUGUUUAUAUCUUUUGAACUCGUGUAUUCCACGAGUCACGAAAAAAAUUUGAGGAACAAAAAGUCUUGUAUACAAGUUCCUAAAAUCGUUGUAAAUAAGACUCUGGGCUCCAAAAGCCCUCUGCGUUGAAAAAAUAAUCUGUUGUUUAUGAUUCCUGCUGGAAGGGGAAUUAGAAUGAGAAAGUCACAAUGAUUAUCAAUUUUAUUGUUUUUUUUAUUGAAUAAUAUUGUUUUCAAAGCCCAUAAUUAUUUCGGCAGAUACCUAGUUAGAAAAUUAUAUAUUUUUUUAAAAACGCAGUAACAAUAAAAAAAAAUUGGUAACUCCAUUUACAUAGAUUGUAUAAUCGAUCUUUGUACUUAACAAGCUGAGAACAAUGUUCUGUUUUCCAAUGUUGAGAGAAUAAGUUUUGUCAUAAUAGUCGACAAAUUACAACGUGUCCUCACAUUUUGUAAAUAAACUACAAUAUUCCAUACAUACUGUUUUUAAAUUGA